CUCUGUUCAUCAGAUAUCCGUUGCAAUGGCUGAAAACAAUCUAAACCGCACAGACAACUUCUUCACCAAUGAACGUGGUAUCCGGCUACACGUGCGCCAGUUUCAUCCCCGCCAUCAACCGAGUACAGGUGUGUUCUUCUUCUACCAUGGCUAUGCCGCACACAGCAAUCGGAAGGCGUUUGUGAAGUUCGGCGAGAAACUCGUGGAGGAGAGUGGGAUGAGUGUUGUUUUGAUGGAUCACGAGUCACACGGCUAUAGCGGGCCGGAGGGGCGUCUCGAGGAUGUUAGCGCUAUGGUGAGAAGCUACCAGCAUCUAGUAGACGACUGCCUGCAGCUUAUUCAGCUGGUGCGAUGUGGCAGCGAGGCUCUGAACCGAUACGAAGAGGAGGGUGUGUGUAAGUUAGGCUUCUCUGCGGAACAGGCCGACCAUCUAGCCAGCAUCCCGUUUUACAUAUCGGGACAGUCCAUGGGCGGCGGCAUAGCGGUCAUGGUAGGGCUACACAUACAAGACACGUUGAAGCAACUCGUGACCUCUAGAACUGCUGACCCAGGCGCCAAAGCAACCGACACUACCGAUAUAGCCAGUGAGAAGACCUUACACGCGGGUGUGAGUGACGUACACCCACCCACAACCACCUCCACCCAGUUAGCACACGCGCACGUGUUCGAUGGCUACGCUGGCGCGGUGUUUGUGGCACCGGCCCUGGGUGUGGGGGGUAGGCCGCCCUAUGUCUUAGAGCUGCUGAUGACAUGUGUCAUAGCAAAGACGCUACCUACGUGGAGCUUACCCACCUUUCUGGACACCACGGCCGUGGAUAGUGACAUCUGGGUGAGUGAGGAGAUCGCUGAGUUGUACUCACGAGACCCUCUGCGGUUCCCCAAUCCAAUCCGAUGGUGUACGGCGGCGUCGAUCAUAGCGAUGGCCGAUGCUAUCUCGCCCAGAAUGGGCGACGUGAGCUACCCCUUUCUCGUGGUACAUGACCCUGAGGACAAAAUCUGUCAAUUCGCUAAGUCCGAGGAACUACUUCAAAAAGCUUCCACCUCGGAACAUCAGAAGAAAGUGCACCGAAUGGUGGGCAUGAGACACGAUAUUGUCACAAACUGUGGAGAGGACCUAGCUGUUAUAAUUGCCGCCUGGACGAAAGAACUCGAAAGUAAAUAAAUACGUAUACUAAGA